CAGGAGGCAGCAGAGCCGCAGCAGAGCCAUCAGCGCAUCGGAUACAGGAGAAGAAGACGCCGGUGGACUUCCUGUCAGUGUGUGCGCAUCUGGAUCGACUGAAGCGGGAGAUUUUUCUGAUUCUGAUUAAAAAACUAAAGAGAAGAAGAUGGCAAGAAACGCUGAGAAGGCCAUGACGGCUCUGGCCCGGUUCAGACAGGCUCAGCUGGAGGAGGGCAAAGUCAAGGAGAGGAGACCUUUUCUGGCGUCAGAGUGCAAUGAACUUCCCAAAGCCGAGAAAUGGAGACGACAGAUCAUCAGUGAAAUCUCGAAGAAAGUGGCUCAGAUUCAGAACGCUGGUCUCGGGGAGUUCAAGAUUCGGGAUCUGAACGAUGAGAUCAAUAAGCUGCUGAGAGAGAAAGGUCACUGGGAGGUCCGGAUCAAAGAGCUGGGAGGACCCGACUAUGCGCGCGUCGGGCCCAGGAUGUUGGAUCAUGAGGGGAAGGAGGUUCCAGGAAACAGAGGAUAUAAAUACUUUGGAGCUGCCAGAGACCUGCCGGGAGUCCGAGAACUGUUCGAGAAGGAGCCUGCUCCAGCACUGAGGAAGACGAGGGCGGAGCUAAUGAAGGAAGUCGACGCAGAGUAUUAUGGGUACAGAGACGAAGACGACGGAGUGCUGCUUCCUCUGGAGGCACAGUACGAGAAACAAGCUGUUUUGGAGGCGGUGCAGAAGUGGAGAACAGAGAAAGAAUCUUGUUUGUCUGGAGACAAACAUCUAGAAGAGGAAGAGGAGGAGAACAUCUACAGCGUCCAUAAGGAGGAGCCCGAUGAUGACGAGAGCCGGGAGGAGCAGGAGGGAGAGGAGGGAGGAGUCUCCUUCAUCGCACACGUACCUGUUCCCUCACAGAGAGAGGUGGAGGAGGCUCUGGUCAGGAGGAAGAAGAUGGAGUUGUUACAGCGCUACGCCAGCGAGACGCUUCAGGCUCAGAGUCAAGAGGCCAGGACUCUGCUGGGAGUCUGACCUGUCUGUCAGCUGUCUGUCACCUGUCUGUGUUGCCUUUGAUGUAAAUAACUUGUUUCAUAUUAAAAGUUUUUUCAGACCA